CUCCGCCUCCUGCUCCCAGAAGGCGUCGGCGGUGCCGAGGGAAGGUCGCGCAGGGCAGAGGGUCGCUGUGCCGCCGCGUCUGAACCAUGCUGUCCGCCGCCGUCCGCAGGUUCACCACCUCCGCCGUUCGCAGGGUGCACUAUGAGGAAGGACCUGGAAAGAACCUUCCAUUUUCUGUGGACAACAAAUGGCGGCUGCUUGUAGUGAUGUGUGGGUUCUUUGGAAGUGGAUUUGUCGCCCCGUUCCUUAUAGUCAGACACCAGCUUCUUAAGAAAUGAAGAGGACAGGCUGUAAUUGUGCUGAAUGGAGUUGAAAUCUCCUACCCAGCUGUUUUCGAUGGAAAAAUGGUAGCUGCAAUUAUGUACCAUGCUGAAUGUGUCCAAAUAAAAUCUUAAAUGUGAAA